AUGACGACCAACACCAAGCGCGCGUACAAGCUCCAGGAGUUUGUGGCGCACUCCUCCAAUGUCAACUGCCUCAAGAUUGGGAGGAAGACAUCGCGAGUCCUUGUCACUGGAGGAGAGGAUCAUAAGGUUAAUCUCUGGGCUAUCGGGAAGCCCAAUUCGAUAUCGAGUUUACCGGGGCAUACAAGUGCUGUGGAGUCAGUUGCAUUUGAUUCCACAGAAGUAUUUGUGGCUGCAGGAGCAGCCAGUGGCACAGUAAAAUUAUGGGAUCUAGAGGAGGCGAAGAUUGUCCGCACGCUUACUGGACAUAGAUCAAACUGUAUGUCAGUUGAUUUCCAUCCUUUUGGGGAAUUCUUUGCCUCUGGGUCUUUGGACACUAAUCUGAAGAUAUGGGAUAUAAGAAGGAAGGGCUGUAUCCACACAUACAAAGGCCACACCAGAGGGGUGAAUGCUAUUAGAUUCACACCUGAUGGCCGUUGGGUUGUGUCUGGCGGUGAAGAUAGUGCAGUGAAGAUCUGGGAUUUGACAGCUGGAAAGUUACUGCAUGAGUUCAAAUCCCAUGAGGGUCAAAUUCAGUGCAUUGAUUUCCAUCCCCAUGAGUUCCUUCUGGCAACAGGUUCAGCUGAUAAAACUGUCAAGUUCUGGGAUUUGGAGACCUUCGAGUUGAUUGGAUCUACUGGACCUGAGAUGACAGGUGUACGAUCCAUGACAUUCAAUCCCGACGGAAGAUCUCUGUUAUGUGGGCUGCACGAGAGCUUAAAGGUUUUCUCUUGGGAACCAAUAAGAUGCCAUGAUACUGUAGAUGUGGGAUGGUCUAGACUAUCGGAUCUGAAUGUCCAUGAGGGAAAACUUCUUGGUUGUUCUUCUAAUCAGAGUUGUGUUGGAAUAUGGGUUGUUGAUCUAACGCGUCUUGAGCCACAUGCAACUACUACUUCAGCAUUACUUAAUGGCCGUUCUGAAUUGAAGACUUCAUCAGGUGGCACUAUGCCAUUACAAAACGACAGUGGUUCAAGGGCUAACAUAGGGCGAUCAUCAGCUCUACAAAAUUCAGAGAAUAACUUAAAAGCUUCUACAGGAAGGCUCUCAGUUUCUCAAAAUUCAGAUUCUGCACCCAAAGAGAUUAAGCCGACAGCUCCAAGUGGCUUGGUCCCAAGCACUCCUCAAAGGGUCGGAACUGGCUCCAGUACUAGAACAGCUGGAAAUUCAACUUAUGCAUCUGGUGGCACCACAUUAAAGAGAAGUUCACUGAAGAGUAACAGCACUUCUAAUCUUCAUAAUUUCAGUAAAACUGACGUGGUGCCUGCUGCUGUUAUCAUCCCAAGAACUAGCUCAGGAGCAGAGCUUGGUACUGGUUCAAGAAGUUAUGCUGCUGAUGUGGCCCCUGUUCUUUCGAAGGCAAGCAGAAGGGCAGAGCCGGCUACUGAUCCUAGGACAGAAAGUGCUGAUGUGGCACCUGCUGUUGUUCCCAGAACAAGUUCAAGAAUGGAAAUGGCCUCUGAUUCAGCACCUGAUGCUGUUUCUAGGGUAGGCAGAAGGUUGGAAUCUGCUGCUGAUUCUAGGAAAGAAAGUGCUGAUGCAGCACCGGUCGUUCCCAGGGCUACUUCAAGAAUGGAAAUGGCCUCUGAUUCUGUACCUGUUCUUCCGAAGGCAGGCAGAAGGUUCGAGUCUGCUACUGAUUCAAGAAAAGAAAGCACUGAUGAAGCACCUGUUGUUGUUCCUAGAGCAACUUCAAGAAUGGAAAUGGCCUCUGAUUCUAGGAGAGAACCUUCUGCAGGAAGAGUAUCACCAUUUAGGAUCCAAUCAAGGUAUGCUGAACCAAGGAAAUCAACCAAUGUGAAAGUUGAUAUGGACAAAGUUGAUGUGGGAAGCAAAGAUACUGAAAGUGACGACCUUACUUGUCAAAUAUUUCUUCCUCGGAGGAAUGGUGCUGUUCAAACAGUGAUUCCAGAAGAAACUCGUGAAGAUGUAAAACAUGGUUCAGUUUACAGGUCGGGAUUUUCAGGUUCAGCAGAAUCAAAUACAAGCCACCGGAAUGAUAAUUAUGUUCCUAGAAUGCGUAAGCCAAGAGAUAACUGCUACAUUGAAGUUUCAAGAGCAGGAAGAACAAGAUCAAUUGUUUCUAAUUGGGAAGGCAGGGAUCAGUCCCCAAGUCACGAAGAACCAACAACAAGCAAUUCAGCGUUGGGGGCUCCUAGAGGCCGAAUAUAUUCAUCUAGAGGAAGCAGUCAAGCAGCUGAAACUAAUAUCGUAACUAGCGAGGAAGAUGUUUUAUCUGUUCUAAUCGAAGAGCAUGAUCUAUUUUUGAGUUCAACACGGUCACGGCUGACAAAAUUGCAGAUUCUGCACCAAAUGUGGCAAAGAAAUGACAUCAGGGGUGUUUUCUCAGCGCUGGAGAAGAUGUCCGAUCAUGCUGUAUGUGCUGAUAUGGCAAGUGUUCUGAUGGAGAAAAGCGAAGCCAUCACACUAGAUUUAUGUACCACUAUCCUGCCUGUCCUUGCUGACCUUUUGGAGAGUAAAACUGACAGGAGGCAUGUAGCCGUAUCACUGGAACUGGUAGUGAAGCUUGUCAGGACUUUUGGGCCUGUAAUACAUUCAACAGUGUCGGUUGGUCCAUCUUCUGUUGGUGUAGAUCUUGAAGCAGAGCAAAGGCGGGAGAGGUGCAACUUAUGCUUCAUAGAACUGGAGAAAGUUAAAAAUAAGCUUCCUUCCCUUAUGAGAAGAAAAGGGGCAGCUUCAAACACAGCGCAGGAGCUCAGUCUUGUCUUCCAGGAAAUUAUGUCGUAG